GGUCGGGUCGGGUCGGGUCGGGUCGGGCCGCGCCGCCGUGUGUGUUUGAACAGGAAGGCGGACAUGUUGAUCAGGAAAAGAAAGUUGCAACUGACGGCCAGGUUGUCAGGAAGGAAAAAAACGACGCUGUAUCCCUGCCCUCUGUGAGAAAGAUCCCGGACAAUAAGAAUCCUUGUUACUGUGGUUUUUUUAUUUCUUAAAAAAAAAGUUUGGAGUGAGUUUGGUGUGAGGUGCUGGUUGUGCGAGUUGAGUUAAGUGAUGUACCCAGCCAGAGGAUGUUAAAUGCGCGCUGUGCAAUCCGGUGUGAAGAAACAUUUGCAGAAGUUGGCUUUCCUGGAUUGAAGCUGUCAAGACACCAGAUGUGUUGUUCAGGCCUUUAACUGAAACCUGUUACAGGAGCUUGAAAGCGUAUUUUUCUUUCUGCAAAUUGAACUUUUAAGGCAACAUUACAACAUUUUUUUACUCGUGGAUGUCGAAUGUAUAUAUAGUAUAUUUUUUUACGUACAAAUCAGAGUACAUAUUUUUUUCCGGUAACGAGCCACUGCCCUUUAGGUUUUGAAGAGGAACGGGAAGUUUUUUAAUUUAUUUUUAAAUGCGGCAUAGAUUCGCAGAAACUUCAUGGAAGGUUUUAUGGUUCAGAGUGUUGGAAAAAAUGUUGCAUGAAACUAUGUCGUGAAGCGGUUUGCAACGAUUGUUAAAUACAUCUGUUCGAGGCUGGUGAAGGUAUUUUUAUAGUCCUAUCGAUUUUGUUUACUUGGGACAAAACUUCAUAAAAUAACAGGACACAAUGUCGUCCGGAGAAAGCUUGGAAGCUCGGUUUGAAAAAAUUGAAUCCAUGUUAAAGGAUCCCAAGUGUGAAGUGAACUGCGAAAGUUUGCUGGAUAGCUUGGAUGCCUUGAUUUAUGAUUUGGAUUUCCCUGCCUUAAGAAAAAAUAAGAACAUUGACAACUUCAUAAAUAGAUAUAAAGAUGCAAUGAGUAAAGUUCGGGAUUUAAGAAUGAAAGCGGAAGAUUAUGAAGUAGUUAAGGUGAUCGGUAGAGGAGCAUUUGGAGAAGUUCAGCUGGUGAGACACAGAGGUACACGCAAAGUAUUUGCAAUGAAACUGCUCAGCAAGUUUGAAAUGAUAAAACGAUCCGAUUCAGCAUUCUUUUGGGAAGAAAGAGGCAUCAUGGCAUUUGCAAAUAGUCCAUGGGUUGUGCAGCUAUCCUAUGCUUUCCAAGAUAAUCGUUAUCUCUACAUGGUGAUGGAAUAUAUGCCUGGAGGGGAUCUUGUGAAUUUAAUGAGUAAUUAUGACAUGCCUGAAAAAUGGGCCAGGUUUUACACUGCAGAAGUUGUUCUUGCUUUGGAUGCCAUUCAUUCCAUGGGUUUCAUUCACAGGGAUGUGAAACCAGAUAAUAUGUUGCUUGACAAAGCUGGUCAUUUAAAAUUAGCAGAUUUUGGAACUUGCAUGAAGAUGAAUAAAGAAGGAAUGGUGCGAUGUGAUACAGCUGUUGGGACACCUGAUUACAUUUCCCCUGAGGUGCUGAAAUCUCAAGGUGGAGAUGGUUAUUACGGAAGGGAGUGUGAUUGGUGGUCAGUUGGAGUAUUCCUGUAUGAGAUGCUUGUUGGUGACACACCAUUUUAUGCAGAUUCAUUAGUGGGAACAUACAGCAAAAUUAUGAAUCACAAAAACUCAUUGUUGUUUCCUGAAGAUAAUGAUAUUUCUAAGGAUGCAAAGAGCCUUAUUUGUGCUUUCCUCACUGACAGGGAAGUGAGGCUUGGCCGGAAUGGUGUUGCAGAAAUCAAAAAGCAUCCUUUCUUCCAAAAUGAUCAAUGGACCUGGGAAAAUAUUAGAGAUAUUUCUGCACCUGUUUUGCCGGAGCUAAGUAGUGACAUUGACACUAGCAAUUUUGAUGAUUUGGAAGAAGACAAGGGUGAGGAAGAAACAUUUCCUGUACCAAAGGCCUUUGUUGGAAAUCAGUUACCUUUUGUUGGAUUCACAUACUAUAGAGACCAUCAGAAUUCAUCUGGUACCCCCAAACGAGAUAGUGGUUGUAGAACUAGUUCUACCAUAGACCAUAACCAAAUUGAAAAUUUGAAAAAGACGACUUAUGAACUUGAAGAGCAAUUACACAAUGAAAGACAAUUAAAAGAUGAAUGGGAACAAAAAUGCAGGGCAGGAAAUUUAAAGUUAGAGAAAAUAACAAAGGAACUGGAUGAUGAGGGUACAGCAAGAAAAUCAUUAGAGGGUAAUUUGUCUCAGGUUGAAAAGGAAAAAAUGUUGAUGCAGCACAAAAUCAACGAAUACCAAAGGAAGUUGGAACAAGAGGUUGAAAAAAGACGCAAUUUGGAAAAUGAGGGUUCUAUGUUAAAGGAGCAACUUGAAGAUUUGAGGAAGGUGACCCAAAGCUCCCAGAUAUCAACUGAGAAAAUUGUGCAGCUACAAAAACAAUUAGAAGAAGCUAAUGCUUUGUUGCGGACUGAAUCAGACACGGCAGCAAGAUUACGGAGAAAUCAAACUGAACAAACAAAAAAUAUGAGCCAAUUGGAGACUGUAAAUAGCGAACUGCAGGAACGAACCCGCUUUUUGGAGAAUACAAAGCUACAGUUGGAAAAGGAUAUUAUCCAACACCAAUCUGCUUUGGACACUGAGAGAAGAGAUCGCAGCCAUGGUUCAGAAUUGAUCAGCGAUUUGCAAGCUCGUAUCACUUCUUUACAAGAAGACUUGAAAACAACAAAACUUAACCUUUCAAAAGCAGAGAUGGAAAAGAAACAAGCACAAGAGAAGCAUAGCAAUCUGGAGAAGGAAAAGAAUAACCUGGAAAUUGAUGCAAAUUACAAACAAAAAAUGUUACAGCAGCGAUUGGACCAAGAGAUCGCGGAACAUAAAGUAACUAAAGCACGAUUGGUAGAUGAGUAUGCAUCCAUUGAAGAAGCAAGAUCUGUGGCUAUGAGUGAAAUGGACAACAAAUUGAGAGAAGAGAGGCUGGCUCGGCAGAGGGCAGAGAAUCAGAUGUUGGAAGUUGAAAAACAGCGGUCUAUGCUGGACGUGGAUUUGAAGCAGUAUAAACAAAAGGUGGAGCAGCUCAGUAAGCAGAAGGAAAGAUUGGAAGAAGAGGUGAAGAACCUAUCGCUUCAAUUGGAUCAAGAGAAGAAUAAACGUGCAGUGACAAAGAAUGAGCUGAACGCCCAAUCAUUGGAAGCAGACAAUCUUAAAGGAUCAGAAAAACAGCUGAAACAAGAGAUCAAUUCGUUGCUGGAAUCCAAACGGUCACUGGAAUUUCAACUGGGACAACUCUCAAAGCAGUAUCGAGGCAAUGAGGGCCAAAUGCGGGAACUCCAAGACCAACUUGAGGCAGAGCAGUAUUUUUCUACUCUGUAUAAGACUCAAGUUAAAGAGCUUAAAGUGGAAAAUGAGGAGAAGAAUCGAAUGAACAGUGAACUUCAGAGGAAGAUGCAGGAUGUGAUCAGUGAAAGGGAUUCAUUAUCUUCACAAGUGGAUCUAACUAUAACUAAAGCAGAUUCUGAGCAGCUAGCUCGGGCUUUAGAGGAGGAUCGAUGUUACGAACUUGAUCAGGAAUUGAAGAAAAUAAUGGCACGACACAAGCAAGAGCAAAUUGAGAAGGACAGUACCAUUAGUUUGCUAGAGGAAUCGAAUAGAACCCUAACCAAAGAUGUAGGAAAUCUAUCCAAGGAGAAAACAGAGUUUGAUGAAAAAAUGAAGUCACUGAGAGAAGAUUUACAGAAGAAGAUGGAAGAAGAAGUAAACAUGAAAACUACUUAUGAAAAAACAAUUAACCAAGAACGUACACUGAAAACACAAGCUGUCAAUAAACUUGCUGAAAUUAUGAACCGGAAGGAUAUAAAAGUGGAUCGUAAGAAAGUAAAUACAGCAGAUUUCCGAAGAAAAGAAAAGGAAAAUAAAAAAUUGCAACUGGAAUUGAACCAGGAGAGAGAGAAAUACAGUCAAAUGGUUGUGAAGUAUCAGAAGGAUUUAAAUGAAAUGCAAGCGCAAUUUGUAGAGGAAUGUAACCUUCGCACAGAGCUCCAAAUGCAUCUGGCUAGUAAGGACAGCGAUGUUGAACAGCUUCGUUCUAAACUUCAAGAUCUUCAGCUUCGUAUGGAUACUACCAGUGUAGCCAACUUGCAGUCUGAAGAUUCUGAUGGAAGUGUUGCUGAAACCAGGAUGGAGGGAUGGUUAUCGAUACCAAACCGGGUAAACAUAAAGCGUUAUGGAUGGAAAAAGCAGUAUGUUGUGGUCAGCAGCAGAACAAUACUGUUCUAUGACGACGAGGUGAAUAAAGAGCAAUCUAAUCCUUCUAUGGUAUUAGAUAUUGACAAAUUAUUCCAUGUGCGUCCUGUAACACAAGGUGAUGUAUACAGGGCAGAAACUGGUGAAAUUCCUCGGAUAUUCCAGAUACUAUAUGCCAAUGAAGCUGAAUGCCGGAAAGAUGUGGAAGUAGAAGCUGUUCAAUCAGUGGAAAAACCUGACUUUAUACCUCAUAAAGGUCACGAAUUUAUCCCAACACUUUAUCAUUUUCCUACAAAUUGUGAAGCUUGUGCAAAGCCUCUGUGGCAUGUUUUCAAACCACCACCUGCACUAGAAUGCAGGCGAUGCCAUGUUAAGUGCCAUAAGGAUCAUUUGGAUAAAAAGGAAGACAUGAUUAUAUCAUGCAAAGUGAAUUAUGAUGUCAAUACAGCGAGAGAUAUGUUGCUACUGGCAUGCUCUCAGGAUGAACAGAAAAAAUGGAUUGGACAUUUAGUGAAGAAAAUUCCAAAGAACCCGUCAGCUAUCACAAGUUUUAUGCGUGCUUCUCCCAGGACCUCAUCCACCAGAUCAGCACCAAAUCAGUCUUUUCGCAAACCUGCCAAACAUAUUACUCCAGUCAAGCCCAGCUAACCGUUUAUGGAAUUUGGAUUUAAGAUUCUUCUCAAGGAAGCUGGGUUUUGUGAAAUCGCAAAUCAAUGCAAAAUGGAUUUGACUCUUUCCACUCCAAACAGUCCAAAUUUCUGGGCAAAAUUUGUUGUUAAUCACCGCAUCUCAUUCACCUACUCUCUUUUCCUGCACUUUUCAAAAUGCGUGGAAGGCUAAUCAUUGCACAUUUACCAUACAUACCAGAAGUUUUUUUUUAAUGAAUUGCAACAGGUAGCAAACUAAAAAUAAGGUGUUGACUUUUCUGUAAUAGCAAGUGAACAUCAGGGCAGCACAUUACGGAAAAGCCCAAUGAGUUUUUCUUUAUUGCGUCAUUUCAGCGAGUAAGGGAUAGGGUAGUUGCACUUAAGGGAAUAGCUUAUGCUAAAGCAAGGAGGGAAGUGUGUGAAAUUGAAAUACUGGAAAUAGCACAGAGAACAAAUAAUUCCUUUGAAGAUGGUGUCAGAUGCUUCAGAAGACCAUUGUUACAUUGAAUUUAUUAUGCCUCAAACUUUUCAUGCCUUCUGUGCAGAUCUAUUGAGACGCUUAAAGCUUUACAAUCUUGUGACUGUAAGACUGAAAGCUCUGCUGAUAAAAAGGCUUAUAAACUAUGCUAUUCUAAAUACAUAAACUCAAAUGUUUAGAACUGGGAAAAAUUCACUGAAUAUUUCACUCAUGAUCUGUUUACUUUUUGCAAAGCCAUAGCAGUUCAAAUGUUGUUCCGUUUAAAAGAAGCAUUGGGGAAUUAGUGGUCAUUCUGAACAGUCAGAUUUGUAUUUUGGGGGCACAUUAUUUUGUAAUGAUUUUAUAAAUAGAUUGCCUUACAUUUUAAAUGAAUUCUUUUCAGAAGGUAGUCAACAUUAACUUAACAGAUAAACUGUGCACUGUUUUAAAACAUAAAUUAUUCUACUUAAAACACUUCAACGGGAAUCGUAUAAUCCUGUUGAUGCCUUACUUUUGAAGAACUGUUUUACUGCCAUUCAUUGUAAUUUCAAAUAACUGUAUCUGCUUAAACAUUUUUCAGUGCAUUGUGAACUGUGUUAUUUUGGGUAUUUUGAAAACAAUUCUAAAAUGAAUAAACUGCCUGGAAUCUGUUGGAAUUGCACAUAGGAAAACCUGCAGCAAACUUGACCUGUUGAUGGCAUUAAAUAAGGAUUAUUUCUUUGUAUUAUUCCAGGAGUCACUCCAGUAACAUAGGAAUUGUUGUAUUUGCUGUUUUAUUUUUUGCCAGUCAACAGGAAUACAGUCAUGAAAUGGAUGAUAGGCUUAUUUCACCUAGUACCUCCCAUGUAAUUUAUAAAGGCUUUGCAGUUACAUGUAUUAAAGCACUGGAAAUUGGAUUUUUGUUGAAGAUAAUUACAUAUUUUAAGUGAUAUUGAAAGUCGCACUGAUGGGUAUGUAUCAAUAAACAUAUCUAUAUGCA